GAAGGAGAAAACAUGAUACAAGAAUCAUACUCCUCAACUCGUGUGAGAGAGCAAACUUCCAUUCCUCCCUCUACACCUCUACAACUUCUUCAUUCCUCUUCCAUUUCAAACCCAAGAGGUUUCACUUCUUGAAACCAUGUUCCUCACUCAAAGAAACCAAGAAACAACAGACCCUUUCAAAGAGUCCUGACAAUGCGCCUCAGAGCUUUAGAAGGCUCUUGAAAUUGAACCCGAAAGCCGAUCAGGAAGGUGGUGAGAGUGGUGAUGGUGGCUUGGAAGGUGACACUGCCGUUAAAGGUACCCUUUUGGCUGGUCUUUUGCUUGUGAGUGUUGUUGGUGGAUUCGGCGCUGUCGGGUACAUUUACAAGGAGCAGAUCAAUGCUUUCUUGACGCAAUUUUCGGGGGUUCUUGAAGGUUAUGGUCCAGCUGGAUAUGCUCUCUUUGUAGCAGUUUAUGCUGGAUUGGAAGUCCUUGCAAUACCGGCCAUUCCAUUGACCAUGUCAGCUGGUCUGUUGUUUUUGGCUCUGUCACUGGAACCAUCAUUGUCUCUAUCAGCGGAACGUUGGUUAGGGAUGCUUCCAGGAACAUGGGCUUAUGUGAGUGCUGGUGCAUUUGGCCGAGCAAUUAUU